GUUGUUCCUGCCCCUUUCUCAGCGAUCUCAGCAGGGGACACCAGAGAAGCCCCUUUAGACGGCUCGGAGAAGGAUCAAUACAGCGGCUGCUUCCCCUCCCCCACAGGAAAUCGUCCGGCUGAGGGAAAUGGAGGACUUCGUGUGGAUUGGCCCAUCCCCCGGCUCAGUGAUCACCCUAAUCUCAAUGUGGUUGGUGGAGGGCUGAGAUGAUCGAAAAGCUAGUCCAAUCAGCACUGUAGAGAUACAAUGUAGUGGAAUUCUAUUGGGCGGUGGCCAGGAAGCUGAGACCAAUGGGAAACGACGCGAUUUGGCGCCUGCUUUGACUGUGGCGGAGAAGGGAGCAGUCGCCGCUGCUGCAGCCAUCCCGCCACUGUUCCCACCUCCCUGUAGCGCGGCGGGAGCGGCCCGGUCUCGGCCAUGUUCCUCUCCGACUUCCGCAAGGAGUUCUACGAGCGUGUUCUUCUUCUUGUUGCUUCAGAUGUAGAUGCAUUAUGUGCUUGUAAAAUACUCCAAGCUUUGUUUCAAUGUGAUCAUGUACAAUAUACACUAGUCCCGGUAUCUGGAUGGCAAGAACUUGAAACGGCAUUUCUUGAACAUAAAGAUCAGUUCCAAUAUUUUGUUCUUAUAAACUGUGGUGCCAACGUUGACCUCCUGGAGAUCCUGCAGCCUGAGGAAGAUACAUUUUUCUUUAUCUGUGACACUCACAGGCCUAUCAAUGUAGUGAAUGUUUACAAUGAGACGCAGAUUAAGCUGUUGGUUAAGCAGGAUGAUGACCUUGAAAUUCCUGCCUAUGAUGAUAUCUUCAGAGAUGAAGAGGAGGAUGAAGAUGACUCUGGGAAUGAAAGUGAUGGAUCAGAGCCUUCAGGGAAGCGCAAACGAUUUGAAGAGGAUAUUAUGGAGAGAACAAUGAAAAGAAGACAGAGGAGAGAGUGGGAGGCACGUAGACGAGAAAUUCUCUUUGAUUAUGAGCAAUAUGAAUACCAUGGAACCUCGUCUGCCAUGGUGAUGUUUGACUUGGCAUGGAUAAUGUCUAAAGACUUGAAUGACAUGUUGUGGUGGGCUAUUGUUGGGCUUACAGACCAGUGGGUUCAAGAUAAAAUCACACAAAUGAAGUAUGUGACUGAUAUUGGAACUUUACAGCGUCAUGUGUCCCGGCAUAACCACCGCAAUGAAGAUGAAGAGAACUCCCUUUCUAUUGAUUGCAUGAGAAUAGCAUUUGAGUAUGAUCUGCGCCUGGCUCUUUAUCAACAUUGGUCCCUAUUUGAAAGCCUUUGUAACACUUGUUACACUUCUGCCAGUCUCAAACUUUGGUCUGUACAAGGGCAGAAGAGGCUUCAGGAGUUUUUUGCUGACAUGGGUUUGCCUUUGAAGCAGGUGAAGCAAAAGUUUAAUUCCAUGGACGUUUCCUUAAAGGAGAACCUGCAGGAAAUGAUUGAAGAAUCUGCCAGCAAAUUUGGAAUGAAAAACUUAAGAGUACAGACCUUCAGCAUUCACUUUGGUUUUAAGAACAAGUUCUUAGCAAGUGACAUCGUCUAUGCAACAGCUUCUCUAAUGGAGAAUAUAGAGAAAGAUGAACCUGGAACAGAUAAUUUUAUCAAGGCUUUGGACAGUCUUUCCAGGAGUAACCUGGACAAACUGCAUCAAGGGCUGGAACUAGCUAAAAAACAACUUCGUGCCAUUCAGCAGACUGUAGCCAGCUGUAUUUGCACCAAUCUUGUAAUCUCUCAGGGGCCUUUUCUCUAUUGCUAUCUAAUGGAGGGCACUCCAGAUGUGAAACUGUUCUCCAAACCAGUGUCUCUGUGCCUGCUCAGUAAAUAUUUACUCAAGUCUUUUGUUUGCUCUACAAAAAACAAGCGCUGUAAGCUGCUGCCACUGAUAGUAGCAGCGCCGAUGGAUGUUGAACAGGGUACAGUGAUCAUGGUGGGAAUUCCUCCAGAGACAGAAAGCUCCGACAAAAAGAACUUUUUUGGGAGAGCAUUUGAAAAAGCUGCGGAAAGCACAAAUUCUAGGACUUUACAUAACCACUUUGACAUGUCUAUAAUUGAACUGAAAAUGGAAGAUCGGAGCAAAUUUCUGGAUGCACUUAUUUCUCUCUUGUCCUAAUGGCAGACAGAAGGACGUCGCCCUUGGUAUUUGGGUGCUGAGCACUCUUUGUAAAGACCAUAGCCUCCUGAUCUUGGAACAAUUUGACCCCACUGGUCCAGGUUGUCAUAUGAGUAGGAGCAGAAAGACUACCUGUAAACUGCAUUUCUAUGACCAAGCAUUUGACAAUCUGGAACUCUCCUAUGCCUUUCUGUAUUGAUACAGAUAAUAAGUUUAGGCUUUUCUAAAAAUUCACACUCUACUGAACUGUUAUUGUUCAAUUGACCUUUUUUCCUAAGUGCCUUUUUGAAAGCUAAGGAAGAAUUCAUCUGAAUAAAAUGUAUAUAGAGGGAGUUCAGUUUUGUGGGGAGAAAAAAUCUUUCAUCCAGGAAUUGGUCGCUCCCUAGCAAGUUUGAGUAGCAAAGGAAAAUCUGUUGGUCCAGACUGUUAAAUGCUUUGUUGCAGAAACCUGAUUUGCAGGUGUUGGAAAAACUCCUUUUGAGUUUCUAGUAUAUACCUCUCCGAAAUCAACUCUUAAUACAUGUCACCAGGAAUAGCUCUGUAUAGUUUUAAUUUCUAAAAAUCGCUGUUCUGUGAGGCAUGGAUUUAAUAUUGUAGGUCUCUUAAAAUCUAAAUACUGAUCAACCACAAGUACUGAAAGAGAACCUGUACAAGCAGUAUAGAACAAUUGUUCUUUGAAAGCAUUCCUGUUAAUAGCAUCUCCGAACAGGCUGUAUCAGCACCAUGUCCUUAGCCAGUCACUUUGAUACUGCAGUGUCACUUUUAAAGUGGCUUUUGGAGUGGCACUUCCAGUGGGUGUGCUAUUAUGCAUGGACUAUAGUAUUUUAGAUAUGUACAAGUUAGAUCAAACCCAUUCCCCUGUCAGGGGAAGGCUUCAGUUCUCAUAUAGAACUGAUGCUGCACUUGAUCUUAGUCACACAAAAUGGUUGUCAAACCAACUAAACUCCCCCUUUGCAGUCCUCAACAGUGUAUUGUUACUUUAAUUUCUAAGCAGCGAAUGAAUUGUGAAGAUAUGAACAGUGUCUCAUGAUGUCCCAUAUAUUCAGAUAAUCUGAUACAGUCCUGAAUAAAAACUCCAAACUCUUGUAUUACAAAAGUACCACUUUAUUAGAUGUAUUCUGUGUGUUUCCAUGUUGUGUUUAGAUUAUUGUACGUUUUAAGAAAGGGUGAGUUUUUUUCCCCCCUGGAUUCCUUACACAUGUGAUUUUAUUUGUCUUUGUGUAUUAUGUUGACUGUGUAAAUGUUUUGUUACCUGGAUUUUAUCAUAUGUUGUAUAGAUUAAUUUUUAACUAAUGGGAUUUUAAAUGUAGCCAAUACAAAAUUUUUAUUGUAUAUUUCUACUCAAAUAAAGUAACUCUUGUUAUUUUA